CGCGAAGCGCGACGGGGACGCGCCUCUCCCGGAGCCCGGGAGCGCCGCGGCCUGGGCGCGCGGCUGGGGUGAAGCCCCCGCGGAGCCGCGGCGGGAAUAGCGCCUGGCUCCUUUAAGAGGGGGCGGGGCCACCGGUGACCCCUGGCGGGCCCCGCCCCUUCCUGGUUGCCAUAGCCACCGCGCGCCGGCGUCCCAAAAUGGCGUCGCUGCUGCCGGACAAGCUGUUUGAGGAGCGCGGGCAGGCGCCGGCACCCAGCAAGGACUUCUAUCAGGUGCUCGUCACCCGCAGCCAGGUAAUUUUUAGAUGGUGGAAAAUCUCUCUUAGGAGUGAAUUUCGUGAAUCAAAGCCUGGAGAAAUUAAAGAAUCUCAUGAGGAUUUCUUGGAUGACCCAUCUCUUCAGAUUCAAAUUGCUAUUGUGUUUGGUGCUAAAGUUCUAGAACAUAUCUUUAAUCUGUGCCGAGGUAAUUUUGACUUCCUUGAACGGCUUCCUGAUCCAUUGCUCCUAAAUAUCAUUUCCUUUCUGGGCCUUGAAGAUAUUGCCAGGCUUUCUCAAGUCUCACACAGAUUUGAAACGAUAUGCAACUGUGACACACUGUGGGAAAAAAUUGUGCAGAAUUUGUGCGAUACAAUUACCCCUGAAAUGAAAGCACUGGCACAGGAAGUGGGCUGGAAACGAUUCUUCUUCACUAGCAAACUUCAGCUUCAGCUGCAGAUUCGAAGAAGGAGGCAGAAACAAGAUAAUUCAGAAAACUGAAUGAAUAAAGUUGCAUGUUUUUGAUUGAAAGCAAGCAUGGUAAGAUGUAAAUGUGUUAAAUAUCAAAGAAUAAUCAUUUGCCUUUUUCUUUACUGGAGAACCUAGCUAACUGUAGGAUUAAAACAGUAGACACAUACCUUAAUGGAAACACGACAUAAAACAUAUAACUUUUUAUAGAAUGGACUUUCAUACUAUUGGGAUCCCAGCAACCACUAGCAACAGAAAAGUUUGCAGCUCUUUCUAAACUCUUGACUUUGAGUUAAAAAUUCACAUAUGCAGUGGGUACAUCUACACAAGCUUUACUACAGUUGACUAAUUAGCUCUGCAGUAAAAUGUCAUCAUCUACAUGUGCAGCAAUAUUAGGCUAC